AUGGGCCCUGCUGGCUGUAUCUUCUUGCUGCCCCUUCUGUUGGGCAUUUCAGUGUGUGGACGACCCGUAUACUCAGGCCGUGUCGUGGGUGGCCAUGACAUUGUUGCAGGGCAUUGGCCAGUCAGUGUGCACUUGCACCAGGCCCAUGUCUGUGGAGGGUCUCUCAUCGGUGACAGGUGGACACUGACAGCAGCACACUGCAUAAAAAUGAGCUGGAUUCUUUUAUUAUAUAUGGUAUGGCUGGGAUCAAUUCACACAGACCACUCAAACCAAAGUGUGAAGCAUCAUGUAUUUAAAAUUAUUAUUCAUCCCCAAUUUCAACAUAUAACUGCAGACAUCACUUUGUUGAAACUGGUCUCUAGGGGAAACCGGUCUCUAGAGUCACCUUUUACUUCUUUCAUCCUGCCCACCUGCUUGCCCCACAUUACAAAGCGGUUGACACUUCCAGGCUCUUGCUGGGUGACUGGAUGGAGAAAGGUUACGGAAAGUGAAGAUAGUGAUUACCCUUCCACGUUCCAGGAAGCAAAAAUAACCAUCUUUGCCUGCCAGGCCUGUGAACAACUCUACAACCCAACUGGCUCCAUGUUGCCAGAGUUAGACCAAGUCAUCAAAGAAGAUGAGAUAUGUGCUGGUGAUUCAACAACUAACAAGAAGGAUAGCUGCAAGGGUGAUUCUGGAGGGCCUCUGUGAUGUCGUAUUAAUGGUGUAUAGAUCCAGAUAGGAUUGGUAAGCUGGGGAACGGGCUGUGCUACAUCUCUCCCUGGAGUCUAUACCAGUGUGAUCUACUAUCAAAUUAUUAAGACCACUAUCCCAAGAGCUGAGGUCGUGGGUGCCAACGAUUUGGACUGAUCUGACCUCCUAUUCCUUAUUAUACUGCUCUCUCUAGCUCUCCUGGGACCCUUCUGUGCCUUUGCGCCUAACAUUUUACCAGGAGAGUAG